AUGGAGCGGGAGCCCGGCGCGACGGCGGCGCUGUGGGGGCACGCGCACCUCCCACUGCUGGCGCGCGCGCGGGGUCCAAGGAGUCGGUCCAGUACAUCCUUCAGGCGCUCUGGCGCACGCGCCGCACGGACCUCGACGCCGCCGACCGCACCGUCGCCCGCGACGCCCUCCAGCUCGCCUCCGACGCCGAGCUCGACCCCGUCAACACCCCCUGCCCCUCCCCACCGUUUGUCUUCCCUGCUUCCUUUCUGCUCCAUCGCUCGCGUCGCGAGCGUUGCAGUGCAGGUUCAGACUGUUCAGUCCCCAACUCUGCUUCUUCGGCGUCUCCCUGCUGCAGCUUCUGGUGUGCCUGAGGAUACUGAUCAGGCGGUGCGUCAACGAGAACGUCGCCAAGGACGACAUCCCCAAGCUCUUCCCCGAGGAGGUGCCCCCCGAGCUGCAGAAGCUGCUCACCUUGCUGCUGCAGAAGUUCCAGCCGGAGUGACAGCAGGAUGCUGCCAAGGAUCAGGUGAGGUGCUGACACGGCGAUUUGAUGCUCAGCUCAGACAACAUGUUCUCGUCAUUAUUGUCUCCAUCGUUUUCUGA